AUGGGAAUGAGGCUGGAGCGAUCAGAAGUUCAAGAGAUUUUGCAAAAGUUUGUCAUAAGCGAGGAUGAUUUGCACAUCAUUAGCGAGAAGAUUGAACUGGAAAUGGAAGCUGGCCUUUCCAGCGUGGACGGGUCUAGCAUUGCCAUGUUGCCUUCUUAUGUACCAGCACUACCUGAUGGAUCAGAAGAAGGAAAAUACGUUGCUAUCGACUUGUCUGGAAAAAACCUACGCAUCAUGCUACUAACGCUUAACGGUAAAGGACGUGAGCCUAACGCUGUCAAUAACAAUUAUAUCGUACCUAACCAUGUAAUGAAAGGAACUGGUGAUCAGCUGUUCACUUUUAUUGUCAACUGUUUGCAACGCUUUUUGCAAGAAUUUGGGCUAGUGGAGGCAAAUUUACCGAUUGGCUUCGUAUUUUCGUACCCAUGUGAAUUAUUGUCUAUACGGUCUGCUCGUCUUUUAUGGUGGACAAAAGGAUUUGAUAUCAAAGACUGUUUAAGAAAAGAUGUUGUUCAACUUCUAGAAGAAGCUUUGGAAAUGAACAUGUCAACCAAGGCCCAAAUAAAAGCCGUGAUGAAUGAUACAGUUGGUCAACUGGCCGCUGCUGGUCAUAAGUAUGGCCCAGAUUGCACGAUCGGAGUGGUGAUAGGUUACGGAUGUAACUCGUCUUAUUUGGAGCAAACUUCGCGCAUCACUAAGUUUGAUGCAGAAGCUGUUGGGUACAAGCAUCCGAAUAUGGUUGUUGUAACUGAGUGGGAAGAGUUUGGAUCAAAGGUAUAUUCCCAUGUUUCCUGA